UUCUGGACCAUUAUUGCAUUGCCAAGACUUCACAUGAAGGUACCUAUUUGUAUAUGUAUACGUAGUAAAAGUAUAUUCUACGAUGAUACUAAAACUAGUUAAGUUUGAGGUUAAUUCCCAAUAUAUAUGCUCAUUUAUAUAGUAUAGGAUCUGCAACUGGAAACCCUAAAAUCAAUCGUUAACCCUGUGCUAAAAAAAGUUAUACUGUAAUUAAGUUUUGCGAGCAGAUCUUCAGCUUUUGGCUCUUGAGCUUUUUGUCUUGGUGUGAGAAUUGGACGCUUACUCUCUAUCUCUACCUCUCUUGUUUCUUGGUUUCUUCUUUUCUCUUUCCUGUCUUUAGCCAAAAAUCUCUUUUUCAUGUGAAACUUGUGGUUUUAUUUCUAAAAGAAAAACUCAUAGUCUUGAUUCUUGAUUUGUGUAGCUCCUUAAGCUCAGUGAUGUCUUCUUCCAACAAUGGUUACAAUAAUGGUAGUAACAACGGAGUGUUCCCUCUCUCUCUUUACCUUUCUUCACUCUCCGGGCAUCAAGAUAUCAUCUGUAAUCCCUACAAUCAUCAGUUAACAGCAUCACCGGGCCAAAUGGUAUCAGCAGUGCCUGAGUCUCUGAUGGAUUACAUGGCGUUUAACUCAAACAAUGUUAUGAAUCAGCAAGGUUUUGAGAUUCCUGAGGUGUCGAGAGAAAUGAAGAAGGCUGUGAAAAAAGAUAGGCAUAGCAAGAUUCACACGGCACAAGGUCUUAGAGAAAGGAGGGUAAGGCUUUCUAUUGGAAUUUCUCGCCAGUUCUUCGAUCUCCAGGAUAUGUUGGGGUUUGAUAAAGCCAGUAAAACAUUAGACUGGUUACUCAAGAAAUCAAGAAGAGCCAUCAAAGAGCUUGUCCAAGAAAAAAAGCUCAACAACAAUGUUGAAGAUUUUGGAAACGAGGGAGGUAAUGUAGUACAUGAAGAGGAUGAUUAUGAUUAUGAUGAUGAUAAUGUUGGCGAUAAUAACUUUGUGUAUGGUUUGAGCCCCUAUUCCUUCGAAGAAGAAGUGCUAUGUGAGGUCAAGAAGGCAGAGAAAAGAAAGAAGAAGACUGAAAUGAGCAACACUUCUUCAAAGGGGUCAAGAGCCAAAGCAAAAGGAAAGGCUAAGGGUUUAACAAGAGACAUGAUCAAUGAUCAUCCAGAAACCGCCUCUGAGAUCAUACAAACUGAAAUAAUGGACCCAUUCAAGAGGUCUAUAAUCUUCAAUGAAGGAGAAGAAAUGACACAUUCUUUCUACAAGGAAUCAAUCCAAGAGUCUGAUAAUCAUGAAUGUAUUACCAAGACGAAGGUCAAUCUUCCCAUGAAUAUGGAUCAAGGUUAUAAUCAACAUUAUGGGGCGUUAAUGUUGAAAGAUCAGGGUUCUAGUAGCAACUACAAUGCCAUUCUGCCUCAAAACUUGGAUUGUGACUAUAAUCCAAACCCUUUUAUUGAUCAACUCUUUUGUGGAGUCACCAACACAAAUUUCUUCAGAGGGUUCCCAUAAAUCCUGAUAAUUUCGGAGAACUAUGCAUCAAAUUCAAACAUGUAAGGCAAAUAGUCCUUUAUUCCCCUUGAAUAUAAAUUAAAUCUUUGGUUAUCUGUGUUCUUCUGAACAUGUUAUCUGAUCUUAUAUGUCAUUGAUCAAGAUUUAUUUUCUAAGAUACAGUUUGUCUACCUUAAUACAUUUUAGCUACAAUUUUCAAGUGGCAUAUAUAACCUUUACAGUAUUUCAAUUUGAAGACGAAUCAGCAAAUUAUUUAUAAAUUUGAUGAAACCCAAUCCAUUCCAAGAUCCUUACAUAAUUUUGAUUAGGUACUACACACAAAAUUGUUUUAAGACUAAGUAAUUUACAAUUUAACGUUCCAUAUAAAGCUCUACAUUAAUUAGUUCAUUUCCUUAAACCCUAAUUUCCAUUAGGACCUACAUAUUACACUAUGCAUGAUGAUGACUAUUGACGCUCACAUAUACAAGACUGUAUCCACACACAAACAUGUAAUGUUUGACUAAGUUACCAUGUAAAUUGAAAUGAAACUGAGCACUAGUGUGUAAACUGGAAGCGUGCCAUCGAAAUAUGCUUAGGAAUGCAGGAUAGAUCUUAGUGUUGAUAUUAUUGUCUACUGAUAUAUAUAUAUCUAUUAUCUUGCUCAGAUAAUGAUAUUUUGCAAUGAUACAUAUGAUUUGGCGUUUUGAAGGCAUACAUUAAUUGAUUUUAUUGGCUUUUAAAGUUCGGUUUUGGACAAGAGGAUUGUUAACUCCUACGUUUUUGAAUAUGAUAUGAAGUGAUCUGCUUAAGUCCCUCUCUUUUGUCUACAAUCUGUAAGUUCCUUAGUACUUCAAAAUUAUUGUAAAUUUUCACAACUUCCAGAUAUCCAUUAAUAUUAUAACGCAAUUUAGAAUCUAGUCGGAAAUUGCAAAUGCCAUUUAUCCUAUAAUACUAUCUGGAACCAUAUUAACUCAUUUGAAAAGCUAAUCGAAAUUUAUUAGCUGUAUACUGUGUUGCCACGGUAUUAUAUAAAAACUAAAUCUGAAAAUGUGAGUGAGACAGCAAAAAUCAAGAGAUAUGGUUUCAAAGAAAAUUGAUGAUUUAAUAGUUUCUAAAGAAAGGUUCAAGAGAACGCUGCAAGAUUUGAAUAAGUUUUUUCUAGUUGCUGUAAAUUUAUUAAUUCUAAUAAUUAGCUUUGCAAAUAAGAUAUAUACAUGUGUCUGUAGUUUAUAAAUAAUUGGGAGCAAAUUUAUGCUAAAAUGGCAUGUCUUCCGAAAAAUCCCAACAGAUAUGAAACAUUAUAAUUUUGGCUUAGUCAGUCUCUUCGAAAUUGUUUUCCAAACUACCUAACUACACCAUUAAUAUGCAUGAUGGACCACAACUUGAAAAGAACAAUAGAAAGUUUAAACUCUUUCAAAAAAAAAAAAUCACUGGUAUCUAAAAUUAAUCAAUCACUACGAAGCUCAUGGAAAAUGUUUAACCUAAGAACUAGAUAAAAACUGAGUAUAUAUCAAGAGCAGCAUUAACGCAAAAGGGGGAGCGUGGGUUCUUAUUUAUUUUUUUGCGGGUCCCAUAGCAAUUAAAACCCACUAAGAGUUUACCUUAAUGCUGCUCUUACAUGACUCACAUAUGAUUGUUUCUUACGUAUAUAAACGAGUCAAUCUUAAAGCUUUGUGCGUUCAUUUAGAUAAAAUUACUAAACAAUUCUCGUUACGAACUAAAGACGGAAAGAAAAUCCCUGUAUAUACAAAGACAAAAGUAAUGCUGCUGAGAGAUAAAGAGAGGGAGACCUUUUAAACUGUUCCUCGUUGCUUCAAAACAGAAUAGCACUCCAAAGCAGAGAAUACAACCUUGUUAUGUUUGAAGAAUAUAUAAGCAGUCAAAAGAACUUUAGUAAAUAUAAGAGAGAAAUUAAAGCUAGAAGGGAGAAAUUAUUUCAUUUUUGUUGCUUAUUUUUGCUUCAAACUUCAUCUUCAAAGCAAGUAAGAAGUGUACUGACAGACUAAUAUCUAGACUUGGCUAGCUGGAUUAGUUAAGUUACCUACGAAUAAUCAACAAUAUUUAAUUACCAAAUGCCUGAAAACUGAUUAUCUCAAAAGAUUUUGUUGAAAGGCGGAAGUAACUUUAUUAUAUAAAAUUUCAUAUGUCAGAUCAUCCUAUGAAAUAAAUUCGCAGAAAUAGCUGAUUAUAAUAUUCACAUAAUAUCUUUCCUACAUGUCUUUGUGGUACUAUUUAAUAGUAAAAAAAAAUUAGUCUGA